AUGAUUUUGUCAUUACUCUAUUUUAUUGGAUUUGCAACAGCAGCCCCAGCAGAAGAUUUAGUGGAUGGAUCCACAUGGGCAAAGUUCAAAAUUCCUUAUUCCGGGAAGAUGUAUUCUGGGUAUUUGCCAAUUGAUGAAGCUGGUGAAAAGCAAUUCCAUUAUUUUGCAUUCCCAGCAUUUAGCUUAGCUGGACCAUUAAAGGCUACCUUUCCCCUUAUAUUGUGGUUAAAUGGUGGUCCUGGAUGUUCAUCCCUUUAUGGGGCUAUGGUUGAAAAUGGGCCAUUCACAGUAGAAUUGGGUACAAAUAAUUUCAAAUAAAAUCUUUUCACCUGGUUGAAUUUUGCUAACAUGUUUUAUUUGGAAAGUCCAGCAGGAGUAGGAUUUUCUUUUGGAAAUACAACUUCAUCCGACGAGAGCACAGCAAAGGAUAAUUUGAAGGCAGUUCUUGAAUUCUUUAAGAAAUUCCCAGAAUACAAGAGCAUAGACUUUUAUAUUGCUGGAGAGAGUUGGGCUGGAGUCUACAUUCCAACAUUGGCAAACGAGAUCAUUGAUUAUAACGCCAAGGCAGCAACUGGUGACAAGAUUAGAUUGAUUGGUUUGAUGAUUGGUAAUGGAUGUACAGAUCCAACGGAAUGUACACCUUUGGCUUUUCAAUUCCCUGUGCAUAUUUACAAGUUCCUUCAUGGUCAUGGAUUCAUCAGUGAGAAAUUAAACGAUAAGAUUGAAAAUAUGACAAGUUAUUGUCACAUGAAGACUAUCCCCGAAUGCAUUUAAAUCCAAGGAGAAGUCAUUGGACAAAUCUAUGGAGCUGAGUAUCACUUUUCAAUUAAUAAUCUUAGCGACCUCUAUAUUAAUCCUUAUAAUAUAUAUGGAAAAUGUUAUUAAAUACCAUUUAAAAAUCUGAAAGGAGAAUAGGAGAAAGAGAAGAGAUUCAAACUCAAUCCAAUGUAGGAUGGAGCAGUUGGAGAGCUCAAUAAAUGUUCUGAAGCAGAAGCUUUGCUCCUAUAUCUAAACAAUGCAGCAUUUAGAAAAGCUUUGCAUAUUAGAGAAGAUGCUGGGUAUUGGAAUGACUGCGCAAAACUUGAUUACAGACCAGAUCCAAGAGGCACCUAUUAUCUGUAUCCUAAAUUACUCAAGAGCGGACUUAGAAUCUUGAAAUUCAGUGGAGACGUCGAUGCAGUAGUUCCAAUCACCGGUACUCUGUAUUGGAUUGAUAAACUAUAGAAAGAACUAAACUUACCUACCAUUGAGGAAUGGAGACCUUGGUUUAUACCAGGAGAAAAAGGAACAGAACCACAAAAUGCUGGAAAUGUUUGGGAAAUCGAUGGAUUGACCUUUGUUUCUGUCAGACAUGCAGGACAUAUGGUUCCAAUGGAUCAACCUGAAGCUGCUAGUAUAAUGGCUAGUCAUUUUGUGUUUGAGAUACCUUUUCCAUCAGAUAUACUCUGA